UUAACGAAAUCCCUGAUAAUGUGUAGAGUACUACACACUAAGUAUAGUUUAUAAUAAUACAAUUAACAAUAGUUAUUGUUUUUCGAAUUAAUCCGAGAUUCAGUAGGCUGUGACAUAUUUCGUUUUUUACGGUAAUCACCUGAAACCCGAACUGAAAGAACAGAAGCCUGAAAAACUUGAGUAGUUAGAACUGUCAAAUUGAAUACUGUGUUAUAGAAUUGCAAUUGCGGUGAUUUAUUAUUGUAAAGGUAAAAGUAAUGUUUGCUUGAGAUUUAAUUGAUUACUAUCAGACUUAAAUCGCCAAAUUGAUAAUUUUUGUUUAUAAAUGAUUUCUGUCUUUCAAACUAAUUGUAGUUUCUUUUUCUGAGAGUUCUUUUAAUCUACUGUAUAGCUUUCGUUUGUGUGUGUUCAGUCGUCUAUUUAGCAACACAGGUUUUUCUUUAGGAGUCAAUAAAAUUGCAUUGCAAAGAGCAUGGCUGUAUGCAUAGCGGUUAUCGGAAAAGAGAAUUCUCCUAAGUACAUAUCUUGCUUGAAGGAGGAUGAGGAACUUCAGUUGCAUUACAAGGUACACACAUCACUAGACAUUGUGGAAGAGAAACUCUCUGCUCCAAGCAAGGCUGCUGGAGACUUGAGGGAACUAUACCUCGGACUACUGUAUUCCACAGAGGAACUAAAAGUAUUUGGAUAUGUGACGAAUACCAAAAUAAAGUUCAUCAUUGUAGUAGAUUCAGCCAACUCAAUGUUGCGAGACAAUGAAGUUCGAACCAUGUUCAGGAAACUUCAUGCAGCGUACACUGAUGUUGUUUGCAAUCCAUUCUAUAUACCUGGUGAUAAAAUAGAAUCAAAGCUUGGUGAUAGAACACCACUUUGUGGACAACCUCGCUAUGUUUUGACCUCUCUUGUGACUCCGCACAGAGAUGCUGUGCUCUUCUGCUACUAAACAUGUUCUUUAUCCAUGUGACGCAGUUUUCUCAGUACCCCUGGAUGUAUGCUUAGACACUUUAGCGUGAGUACUCGUUUUAUCAAAAGCUCAUUUUAUAUCCAGAAAUAAUACUAAAGCUUUUUGUACAAUAGCUUGCUCAAUCCUGCUAAUCAAACAAUGUAGGGCUGUUUCACAAGAUUUACCUUUCUGAUAAGCAUGUUGAUUAGGAUAUAAGGGACAGUUGAAUACCUAUCCAGAACCUUCUCCAUGGUCUUGAGGAGGAAGUAUGUUAGGCUUAUUGGUCUAUAAACCUUUGCAACCUCAUAUGAGGGUUUAGCUGGCUUCAUAAUAAACAUUCCUGUAGAAGUCCUCCAAGAUGAAGGUAUGACUCCUGUCGCUAGGCUAGUUCUAAACAGCGUUGGAGCAAAGGUAUCACCAAGUCAGCACUUUCCUGCAGGAGAGCAGGAAAAAUAUCAUCGGUACCUGGUGAUUUGUUUGGCUUAAAAGACUCUAGGGCCCAUUUUAUCUCUGAGUAGUUGACAGUCUUUGCACAAUUCCAGUCCUCCUUAGAAGAGGACUGACAUUCACUAACAACUGUUUCUCUGGUCUGGAAGUGUAUUCAGUAAACAUUGAAGGGUCUCCUCAGGAUCCUUGGUGUGAUUCCCAUCUUAACUAAGUAUAGUAUCCACCACAUUUAUGAGGCUUUGAGCAUGGACUUUUUGCCUGCAUAUGAUGUUUUUUUUACAAAUAGUGCUGUUCUGUGGAUUGGUAGCGUGUAGUCCCCUGCCCAUCUUGUGUCGUGGUUAUGGAGGUGUCUUUGUUUUGGAGAGUCAUGGGUAAUGCAUUGUAGGGUAGUUUCCAGGAUAUAAAUUGAUGUCACAGUCAGGAUCCUCCAGGUUUUGAAAUAUUGCUGCAGCUAUCUCUUCACCCUAAUCCUACCAUUACUAAUUUUUUAUGGUGUAUUCUUGGGCUAGGUUCAGAGCUAUCUAGUCCGAGUACUGAGCCAUGUGGAACACCUCUGCUUACUGGCAGAGGCUCAGACUGAACUGGUCUUGUAACUCCGUUUGAAGUUUCCUUUAGUUCCACAAUUUGUCUUUGAUCCUUGAUGUAGCUAGUAAACCACCUGAGUGCAGAUUGUCGAAUGCCCAAAUUUGUGAGUUUAACCAGUAUAAUAUCAUGUCCUAGGCAAUCGAAGGCUUUGCUAAGGUCAAGGUAUAAACUAGUAAUAGUAUUACCAAUUUCAAUACUGUCUACUAUGUAUUUAAUUAGGUCUAUUAUUGCAGUUGUUGUUGAUUUUCCAGAAAUAAAUCCAUGCUGCUUGUCAGUUAGUAGUUGAUUAUGUUGUAUGUAGUUUAAAAGUCUAGUACGUAUGAUUUUGUCAAUGAGUCUGGAAACUGAGCUAAUAAGAGAUCGGUCUAUAGUUAGUUAUGUUUUUAAUGUCACCUUGUUUCAAUUUCGGAUAGAUUUUUGUGUUUUUAGUUUUUUUGGUCGCAGGUUUCUGUAUUAGUUGCUUCAGGUUCACUCUUCUUCCCCCUUUCACUAUUAAUAAUUUUCUAGAUGGCUUUCGAUUUAUUAUCAGCUUGGUAAAUAUGGGCUGCAUUGGAUUCUUGUCCAGAUUGAUUCAGUUUUUGGUCAUAGAUUUAAUUUUAGUUGAGACAGCUUCUUUGUCAUCUACAUUUCCAGUCAUAAGAUAUUUAUCUUGUGCUUUAAGGAAAUUGUAUUUAGGAUUUACCAUUUCUUUGGUUGAUACGCGUUACAGGGAAAUUAUGAUUGGCAGUAUAUACUACAUACCAUGUACUAAGGGUUAAUAUUCAUUAUUCUUGUUAACUUAAAAGUUUAAAAUUAAUUGUAUUUUUGUCUAAUAAAAUACACUGUGGAUAAUUCUGAUGACUCCAAUAAAAUAAUACUAGUUUUUAAGAUUCAAAACUAAGAGGAAUUUCGUAUAAACAACAAGUAUAAAAUUAUAAAAAGAAUAUUAAAAUAUGCUUAUUCCUAAGUAUUGAUUAAAAUUGGCUCUAGAUUUAAAUGGCUUAUUG